CUCCAGCGCCAGCUCGAGAGCCAGCUCCAGCGUGCGACGCCAGCAAACUUUUUCGCGAACCCGCAUUCGGUCCUUAGGUCGCGCGGUGCAGCCUUAUCCCGAACUUCAGCCUCGACAUUCCCAAUCCAACCCGCGCUUCCUCACACUCCGGUUGUGUUUGUCUCGCACUCGCAUUCGAUUCGCCCGCCACUCAUCCGUACAUUCGGGCUCCCUUUUCUGCCUUGCCGCGCCCUGUUUUCGCCCCUGCUUGUCAUACUGUCGCCCGGCCAUUGCUUUGCUGCAUACUGUUGCAUUUUCUCUAUGUUGCAUUUGGUGCUCAUCCGUGGACGCUGGUCAUCUUCCUGCAGAUGGCCAGCGACGGUCAACAUUUCGGCUGCCCGUUAGGUGCCAUAGUGCAGUCUUACGCCAUUUACAGCUCAGACAUAUUCAACCCAAUGUUUGGUUUACUGGUAAACUUCUACCGGUUCUGCAGAAAGAAGACCGAGCGAAAGAUUACCAUAGCGUUGCUAGGCCUGGAUAAUGCAGGCAAGACUACUCUGCUAAAUUCAAUACAGGGCGAGGUCGACAGGGACACGACGCCCACUUUCGGCUUCAACAGCACCACGUUGAAUGAGGGCAAGUACAAGAUUGAAGUUUUCGACCUAGGUGGUGGCAAAAACAUUCGCGGCGUGUGGAAGAAAUACCUCGCCGAAGUCCACGCCAUCGUCUAUGUGGUCGACGCCGCGGACCCUGGCCGCUUCGAGGAGUCCAAAAUGACCAUGGCGGAGGUGCUUGAAAAUCAAUUUAUGCGGGACAAGCCCAUCUGCAUCUUCGCCAACAAGCAGGACCUGCCCACCGCGGCCCCGGCUGCCGAGGUGGUGAAGGGGCUUGGGCUAGCAACCUGCCGCAACAGCCACAACGUGUUCCCCUGCACGGCCAAGAUGCCUGCGGGUCAGGACGUUGACCACCGCCUGCGUGAUGGCCUUAAAUGGCUGGUGGGCACCGUUGACCGGGAGUUUGGGAGGCUGGACCCUCGCGUGCAAACGGAGGCGGAGGAGGUGCGGCAGGAGGAGGCCCGCAAGAAGAAGGAGCGCGAGGAGCGCCUGCGCAAGCAGCGCGAGGAGCGUUUACGGCAGCAAAAGGAGGAGGAGGAGCGGGCGCGGGAGGUGGAGAAGGAGAACGAAUUGCACGAUGGCAAGGCGCCGUCGCUGCUGGCAGCAGGUGGCGGUGUGGUCGGAGCCGCGGCGGCGGGCGUCAACGGGGUGAUGGUGGAUGAGCAGCAGGAGCUGCGGCCGCCUGGACAGCACCAGGAGGCCCCUGAGGCAUUGGGCCUACAUAACGGGCUGGCGCUGGGACUGCCGCACACGAUCGAGAGCCCGGGCAAGUUCCCGCCUCCCCCGCGGAGACCUCUGGAGGCGCAUCCGGCGUCCGACCUACGGCUAGUGGCGCCAGACCAGGGCGUGUCAUCAGCCAGCGGAGGCCCUGGGCUUGGCGCUAUGCCAUCGGGCAGCCACGGCGGCGGCGGAGUGCCUCCACAGCCCGCGUCUUUGCCGCACGUGCGUGCCGCGCUGCCGCCUCUACCACCCUCGGCCCCACAGCCAUCAGACGCGGGCGUAGGAAGUUCUGGCUCCGCGUCACGGCAUCCAGGAGCGCACUCAUCAUCAGCAGCAGCACCACCAAACGUGGCUAGCGGCGCUGCAGCGGAGGACGGGCCCGAGCCGGACGCGGCCGGUACAGCUGCCGGAGAGGCGGGAUCCGGGUCGGUAUUUGCUCCGCGCCCUGCGUCCGCGGGCGGGGGCGGCCCUGGCAGCCGCGGCUCGGGUUCGGGCAUGACGCCGGAUGCUCGUGAGCUCGGGAGUGGUGGCGUGGAGAGCGGCGAGGGCACGCCGGCGCGCCUGCGGGCGGGCGCGCAGCAAGCCAGUGAUGGAGGGCACGGCAACAGCAAGGGCAGCUUCAGUUUGGUGCACACCAGCAACAAGGUCGUCCCGGUGGCUCCGGAUCUGCGAGCAGGCAUCCCGGGAGCCCCCAAUGACGCAUAGUCGGUGCCACACCUGAACGCUACUACUUUGCUGGUUUUGCAUGGCCCCGACAUCCUUGCUGCGGGUGCGGUAUGACAGCAUGCAGCAUUUUAUCUGCGGUGUUGGGGCGCAGCGGCCAGAGAGCAUGUUUUGGUGCGGGUGGUUGCGGUGUCAGUGAAAGUGAUGUCGGUCUUGCGCCGGUAUUGGUACCCAACAUGGAAUGGUGUCACCUGACCACUGGCCGGCUGUGCCCAGGGGUGGCUGUGCUUUUAUUCAUGAUGCUCUGCAUAAUGUUCGGGUGUGGGGCCUUCGUCGUUGCAAGUUGUGUUUGGACAAAGCUGCACGGUGGGGCUCGGAGCAUAUUUUUGGGCUGAGCCCCCUGAGCGAAGCGAUCCAGGGGGGGCGAAGCCCCCCAGGAUUGCCCCUGUCCGUGCCUGCCUGCCUGCCUGCGUUGACAAAAAGUGCCAAACUGGUGCAAACCGCGAGCGCCACGUAUUAUAAAUUGCUAUUCCCUAUUGUAGAAAAAUAGGCGGCAGGGAAAACUAUCGGAACCUUCGGCCUCAGACGGAGGACGUGGCGUGGCGGCACAGCCCACUUUUCCCUUGCAAGGGAGAGCCACCUUCUCUUGUCAGUAAUCGGGCAACGCUAUGCCCUUGAUGCCACCUGUGAAUGAGCAUGAGGUCAGUGAAUGCACUCUGGUACAAGACCAACGGAGUCAUGGGCUGGGAGAUUGUUGUCCUUAUACAGUUACUUCCUUACCCCGACGAGUGCACCCUGCGGUGUGUGGAACGCAACACGAAGACGCCCAGGCAGGCCACGGGUUUGACCGCCACCCACACAUGCAUGCGUUACCUCCCUUUUGGAGUCCAGCGAUUAACUGUGCGAGACUCAAGAGAUUGACCUUCAGCCAAGCUUCGGCCUGUCAGUGCCUUGUCACGGGACUGGCGUGGGAUCACCUGUUCCGAGCUGUAAGCAGCGCACAAG